AUGAUUAUUGCACACACUUUACUCCAUUUUUUCAUAUUGGUGUCUAUCAUUAGAUGUCGGGAGAAGGAGGAGCCCGAAGAGGACAAGAAAGAGCAGAACGGUUCUGGCGAAAACAUGGAUAAGAACGCAACCUGCCAGACCUAUUCCAUCGAAAUGGUUGAAGAGGACAAGAACUUAGUAGGCAUAAAUCCAGAGGAUACAGAGGUGUUCCAGGAGGCGAAGCGCAAUGGACUGGUACCCGUGAUGAGUUAUACAAUGUUCGGCACACCCAAAGCAAUUAACCUCAACCAACUUUUACCUAGCAAUUUGAAUGCAUUGUCACAGACACUCAUAGCGAACAUGGGAAACUCUAGCGGUGAUUCGAAUGGUUCUAGCCCACAGUUCACCUUCUUGGGUGGCGUUGUGGCCAAGACCAUGGAUAAGAAUGGUUCGGAAGGCGAUAAUAAAGAUGAUAAGGAAAAGGACAAAGAUAAGGAAAAGGAUAAGGAAAAGGAUAAGGGUGGAAAGAAGGACAAAGAUGAAGGUGGACAGGGAAAGUCAGGUUCUGGUAAGGGACAGGGCGGUGCCAAAUUAAUUCAGCAGAUGCCAAGUCUGAGAGAAGGGCUUGCAGACAGAGAUGAGGCAAGCGAAACGCUACUAAUGCCGAAGGAUGAAUGAACGAUUUUAAGUAAAC